AGUGCAGUAGGAAUACAAAAGUUUACAAAAUGAGCAAGAAAAUGUGGCACAAAAUCUUUAAAUCGAAAUCACAAAAGCAGCAAAAGCAACAGCAACAGUUGAGCAAAAUCAAUAAGCGUCACAGUCGCGGCAUUUACGAGGAGUAUCAGCAAUUAAAUGAACUGCUCAAUGGUGAAAAGUUGCAAACAAUUUGUAGUGAAAAUCAAAUGCAAAAUGAAAUGCCGAAUGAAAAUGAAAACGAAAACAAAUACGGCAAUGUGUUUGAGCAGCAGCCGCCGCAAAGUUCUUUCAACUCCACGGCGCUUACUGAGGCGCAACAAUUGCAGCAGCAGCAGCAACAUGCCCCACAGCUAUCCACAUUUACACGCGUUCGCAACACAUUCUCACUGCGUCGCAGCAGCAACAAUAGCAACAACAACAACAAGAAUGUUAAGCCAACUAACAUGGAGUCCGACACAGGCGAUGAUGAGCAGCUGCCGGGACCGCCACCGGGACCCCUGACCACAGGCCACAGUGUGCCCGUGGACGAGCAUGUGUCCAGCACAGGCACCGACCUAACACCUUGCCCCAACUGCAGUCGCACCUUCAAUCUGAGUGCGCUGCGCAAACACGUGGUCGUCUGUGAGAAAAUGACCAAGAAGCGUAAAGUGUUUGACUCGUCGCGUCAGCGUCGCGAUGGCACCGCGCUCUCAACCUAUGUGCUGCCCAAGAACUUUGGGCUGCCCAAUGCAGAGAAAGCCUCAGGCGUGCAUACGCCGCCAGCAGCAAGUCGCGAGGCGAGCACAGUGUCCACAUCAGGCAUGAGCCAGUCCAUGCAGGAGGUCAAAGAGUCACCUCAGAUGCUGCGACGCACUACAGCGCGCACUUCCAUGCGCAAGCCGGCUGCUCCAGCUGCAACUGAAGCUAGCCCAGCAGCAACUGCAGCCACAGUUACUGCAACUGCCGCACCAGCUGCAGCUGGUGCUCCACCCUUGGCGCGUGAUCGCAUGCGCUCCUCGGAUCGUUCAUUGGCACGUCGCAUACAAGGCGUUGCCUCGGAGCGUUGUCCGCACUGUGAGCGCAGCUUUAAUCCCAAGGCCUUUGAUCGCCAUGUGGAGUGGUGCAAGGAGAAGGCCAUACAAGCUACGAUCAAGUCCAGCAGCACCACUGAGACCAGCAAGGCCAAGGAGCGCAUGGAAGCACGCAAGCAAUAUAGGCCACCGAAUCUAAAAACGAAACGCUCCAUAAACCGCGACAAAUACUCCAACGAGGAACAAUACGAACAAGAAAUGGUUUCACCCAAACAAUACACAAUGAGCACCUCCUCCAUGGCAUCGUCUGUGCACAGUGAUAACGGUUUUAGCUCCCUCGCUGGCGACAAAUACGAUCCGUUUCUGUCAGCCAAGCGUCAGCUGGAGGAGCUGUGCACGCCCAACACUCCACCCGACAAUGAACUUCCCACACCGACAGCCACAACGAUCAUGUCCAGUUCGCUAACUGGCAGUUUGACCAAACCAAUGACCAUGACUACGCCUAAUGCGACAAGUACUCCCAAGGCUACAGCGCCGUCAAACUUUAGACGCACUGCCUCCUUGAGAGGUCCACGUCGCACACCUUUGCUGCCCAGUCGCCCUUUGUUUGCCACCAACUAUCGUCCGACUAUACAGCGUGGACUCUCGGACGAAGGUCCCAUCUCCAGCAAUUUUCUGAAACCCGAGGAGUAUGAUGAGAUGCCAGUGCGUGCUGCUUGUGGCAACGACUUCCACAGUCCGCGUGUAGUGCGUCGGGAUACAAGCGCCUCGAAUCGCAAGCAGCAGCUGAAGCUGCCACUGAGUGCAGCAAAUGAGUCGCAGCCACAGCGCAAUGUGGCCAAGACAGACUCGCUGGCGGUGUUUCUCAAAUAUGAGCAUGAGCUGGAGCAGCUGAAUGCUAAGGCGGCGGAAGUGGCUGCCAAAAACAAGGAGCUUAGCAGCAAGGAACUCAAGGAUAAGAGCAACAAUCUAAGCAAACAGAACUCGGCAAAGAAUCUAAACACUCAGCUGCCGCCGCUGAUCAAGCCCAGCGCCACGCCUAGUAAGGAGAACAAUGAGAAUUUGGCGCCGCUUCGUUUGGAGCCGCUACUCCACAAGCCCAGCACGCCCAAUGUGAAUCAGCAGCCCAUCAAGCUGGAGCACAUUUUUGGUGGCCAGCGUCUGGCCGAGUUUAUAGAUCCCAAGUUAAUCAAUGCCUGCGAUAAUCUCAAUGUUUGCGCCACCAGCUCAGAGGCCAGCUCGACGCCGCAGACGCUGCUACAAAGUCGCAGCAGCUCCCAGUCUACCAUUACCCAGGAGCGUCGACAUUCUGGCGAGGCGCGAAAUCUACUCAAGCGCAAGAUGCGCCUGGGACGCAAUCAGUUUCUCUACGAUGCCUCGCCAGAGGAGGCAGGCAGCUGUGCCGAUGAUGAGGGCAAUCGCAGCUCACUGGAGUUUGAUGAACAAUGCUGGCAACAGCAACAGAAGCAGCAACAGCAGCUUACACACACCUUACCCACGCCCAGUUUUGAUGACUUUGAUUUUGAGGAAUUUCUCUCGUCAUUUGCCCAAGAGCAUGACCAGGAGCAAUUUCCACUGUUUCGCGAUUGUCGCGAGUUUUUGUUGAAUCGCACGACGAGCCGACAGCGCUCGUGCCAGAAAGCGAGUUCAACUUUGACACCGACCUUGACCACGACGACGCCAACAGCUACACCAAGACAGCCACAAUUUAUAACGCCGCCCAGUGCUAAUAGCUUAUUGCCUUCCGCCCACAGGAGUACAGGCUCAAAUGAUUCUGGCAGUGUCAGUUCCGAGAAGUCGGCGUCAAACAGUCGCUAUGCUACGGCCAGCAGCAGCAGCGGCGGUGGCGGAGGCGGCAGCGCUGAUGAGAAGUCUCUAAAGCAGGACGAAUCGCAAAAACGUGAAAUAUUCAUUAGCAUUGAAACGGAGCCAAAUGCACAGGGCAGCUCACCCAUAUCGCCAGAUUCACUGCGUCAUAUGGUGGGCAAUGCUCAGACGCCCAUUGAUGUGCUGCAUAUUGAGAAUGGCAAUGAGCCGGAGCACGCCAAGUUUAGCAAGAUAAGCGAUAAUGAGGAGCAGCAGGAGGCAGAGUUCGCUGCUGAGGCUAGCCGCAUUCCCAAGAGGCGGCCAGCCACAGCAGCGGGCUCAUCUGCCACGCUGCCAGCGCUAAGUCUAGCCCCCAAUGUGGAGGCAAAUAAUGCUAAAAAUGCAUUUGAGCGCAUGCGCAACGAUUUUCAGCAGCUGGGCGAGCAAAUUGGCGCCUCCGUGCGUCGUGAUCUCUUGCAGCGUCAAGAGCAAGUGCUGCAACAGCAACAACAACAACAAAUUCAGGCACAGCAACAGGAACUGAAAGCCAACUCACCAUUAACGCCAUCUCCAUCAGGAGACUCGGAUGAACAGAGUAGUCUGGAUGGCUAUCCCAUGUCCUCCUCGCACUCUUCACAUCAUGGCGUUAGUUUCAAGAACAGCACGGACUCGGCUUAUGGCAGCAACUCUCCGGCUAGUCUGUCUCGCCAGCGUUCCAGCGAAAUCCAGUUACAGUCCAAUAACAAUAACAACAAGCUGUUGCGUCCGCACACAGCCAGCGGUGCAUUGUCCACAUCUAGCAAACAGUCCCUGGGUGUCGAUGCCAUCACGCAGGCGCAGUGUGAUUAUGGCAAACCAUUGAAAGCACGCCAACGCAUGUUUGCCGGCGGUGGCGUCGCUGGCGAUGGUAUUGCUGAGUAUUCCAGCAGUGGCUCAGAGCAAUCACUUCCAGCGGCCGUUACACAGCAGCAAACCUCUAACUACAACUAUCAACAACAGCAGCAACUUCAACAUCAACAUGAGCAGCAGCAGCUGCAGCAGUACCAGCAGCCUUACAAUAAUAAUAAUGGCUACGAGCUGAACGCCAAUAAUUUGAGCAAUAGCAUGUUGGGAGGAACCGUAACGCCAACCAUGUCACAGCAUUCACUAAUGAGCAACACCUCCAAUGGCUCGUCCAGCAUGACAACGAGUAUGAAAAUGUCCAAAUUCUGUCACGAAUGUGGCUGCAAGUUCGUUCUCGAGCAAGCCAAAUUCUGCACGGAAUGUGGCGUGAAGCGCGCUAUGCUGUAGAAACUCCAAGAACUAAUACCAUGUAGUUUUUUUUUAGUAAAUCCUAACUUGUGGACGAGCAGUGGCAAGCACUUAUACCAAAUGUAGUUUAUGAGAGCGUUCGACAUACAUAAUAUAUACAUAUACAUUAUGCUAACUGAAUAUAUUUUCAAAAUAAAAUAUAAACUUACAUAUAUAUAACAUAUUUGCAACAAGAAUCGAACAAACGCAUUGUUAAUAUGUUAAUCUGAAUGAACUUAACACAAGAGCGGCAUUUUUUCCAAUAUUUCCAAUUGUAAACCCUUUUAACCAAGUUGUUUAAUUAACAAAGACUGAACGAAUUUAAACGAAUAGAAAAGGCAAACAAAAAAGAACAAGAAUGCAAAAUUAUUUUUUACUGAAAUUUUAUUUGUAUUUUGUAAACUGUUUACUAAUAUAUAGUCACUGCUUAUAUUUAAUCAUAAUUAUAUAUGAGCACAAAUAUUUAACAUAAAUAAACUUAAAAAGUUGGAAAUAAUACCAAACAUUGGCUU